AUGAAUUCAGAUUGCAAGCAAAUAUCAGUAUCACUUGCCAGCAUCCAUUUUAAAAAUGCAGGCAACUACUAUCUUGUCGUCGAGUUCCAACAUCCACCACAUCUGCCCGUUACCUACACAACGGAUGUGUCCAGCAAAACAAAAACGCCAGUCUAUACCAAUCAGCCAUACGUGUUUGAUAUGGAUGGAUACUCGAAUGAAAACACUACGCACAAACUCGACACAUUUUUAAAGGCUACCAACAAGCGUGCAGAAGUAGUAGCUCAAACCCAAUUGAGUUGUGCAGAGUCAACUCCUCAACCGCCUAUGCUUGUUAUUUCUGCUUGGCAAGUUGUAAGAAGAAUCCAAUCCACGUCCACCGCAUCACAAGAUCCAAAUGGACUGCCAGAACAUCGAGGCAGCGCAAAAAUAUUUUUAAAUGAUAUAUGGUCCACGUUGGAACAUAACAUGCAGAUGGAUAUUGAGAGUAGAAUGUGGCCGAAUCUCAGUCAUGACAAUGAUACAACUCGAUUUCAGCAUGGUCAUGAUAUAAGUGAGAUGAAGCAUUCACAAUCACCUGUAGCAACGUUGACAGUACAGCUAAGAUUGAUCAACACAGUCAAGCCCAUUAUAGAAACUGUGCUACAUGAUCACUCCAUAUCAAUUGUAUCAAGACCAAGUUCGGUAAAAUCUACAACUCGGUCAAACAUGGAUCCUUUUCCAACAUCCAAAUCAUCUAUAAAAGCUUCAAGACCAUCAAGUUCAUUUCAGUUUAAAUCUCUAGUUGCUCAUUGCAACCAUCAUACUCUUUUGAUUGAAACUUUGAUCAAAGAUGUGCAAACGCGAUCAGAGACCAUCAAAAAGCUUGAGCGAGAUUUGACUAGACUACGACAAGCCAAUACUCACCAGGCCGACACGAUUCAAACCCUCCAGCAACGGCUUGAACAUGUCGAAUUAGACACGCAACGCUGUCUUAAAACUGUUGAUAUUGAUUUGGUAUCUGAUACCGAAUUGAGGCGGAGAUAUGAUAUCCUUUUUAGCUUGAUGAAAUCAAAAAGAAUUACAAUUUGGCUUUGUCCUUGA